UCUUCAGCCCUGAAUAGUGUCAAACAGGAAGAAUCAUAGAGUAGGAAACUAACCAUACCACAGCAAUACAGACACACGCCCACUCAUCUGACUUCUCCAAGUGACUGAUUUAGACUUCAUCUAUCCAGGAAGUCAGACUUACAAUGUACCUAAGGUCAGUCCGCCAUUGACAGCAAUGCCUCUCAUAGUCAUUCAAGCAGUUUAAAAGCAAACCGUAAUCAAGGGAACCUAGAGAGAGAGAGGGAAGGAGAGAAAAACAAGACAAAGGUCAGCUGAGGAACCAUGGAGGAAGACAUCAGGAGGAAAGGGAUGCUUUAUUUUCAUCAGCAACGCUUCGGCAAGAGAUGGAGGAAGGUGUGGUGUGUGCUGGUGGCGGAGGGCAGACGCAGCGUGUCACGCCUGGAGCUGUACGAGAACAAACAAUCCUCCAUCAAACAGGGCUCCAGCAAACACAAACCUGACUACAAACAGGUGAUCCGGCUGCGAGAGUGCAUCCAAAUAUCAGAAAGAAAGAUGGCUGACUGCCCCAAAGACUGCGCUGCCUUUUAUCUCGAGACCUCAGACAAACUUUACGUGUUCGCUGCCCAACAUUCAGAGCUGAAGGGCUGGAUCGACAGUCUGUGCGAGCAGGCGUUCCCUGACACCGAGGCUGAACAAAGAUUACAGAGAGAGAGCUGCCUCUAUUCUGAACCUGUGAGCAUUUCCUACAGCAGAGAAAUGCAGGAAAACUCACUUUAUGACACAGCAGAGAACGUUCGAGAGUUUCUGGUGAUGGCAGUGGGCACAGAGGCUGCUGUUCGGUGCAAUCUGUAUGGGGAAUAUAUCCUCACUCCCCUGCCGGACUGCUUGUUCCUGAAGGACGUUAAAACUAAGAAAGUACUAUUCAAAUGGCCGUACUGUUACGUAAGGAAGUUUGGACAAGACAUGCUGUCUUUUUCCUUUGAGGCUGGUCGCAGAUGUGAGUCUGGCGAGGGGAAUUUCGAGUUUGCAACCCAUCAGGGUGAAAAACUGUUCAAUGUUGUCAGUGCAGCCAUCCUGAAUCUACCCAAACCCUCCACAGCAAAACCAAUCAGCCCUGACCAUGUAGAACAAAGUAUAGUUCAAGAAACCACGGCCACGGAUGAAACGUACGAUAGUCAAGCAUCUGACUUUUUACCUGAGGGGAAAAUGCAGAAAGUGCCUAAGCAUUCAUCAGAAAUGCCCAACCCCUUUUUUAGGAGGAUUUUUUUUUUGUGUGAUUUUGAGACAAAGUUGUCAAAAGCUCAGCUGAAAACCACUUCCCCUACAGACCCUAAAGUGCACUGGCAAAACCUGAAAAAAGCUCUCAGACAGUCUGCCUCUUUCCAAGACUAUUUCAAGACCGACACUGACAUUUCGCAGUUGUCUGAUUUCGCGAUCCCCUGGGAAGAGGGUGUGUAUGAAGAGACGACGGCCGAGGAAGAUUCGACUGACUUGUUGGGUGAUUCCAUCCAGCAAUUAGCAAUUAAUGACGCAUUACAGGACAUCAGCGCAGAAGCUAUUUAUGCAGAUCCACAGGACUUCCAAGCCAUGUACGAAGAACCAGAGGAGGUCAUCAAGGCUAAUCAAAGAGCUCAUGAUGGGGCAGAGCACCUAGCUGAGCACGACUUCUUCUACAGCCCUGACAUGGGCAUUACACAGGCCAUGGCUGCCCCCUCUAACCCUGUCCAAAGUUCAGAUGAUUUGUUCUCAACUUAUGACAAUUUCAGGUUGAAGGGACGGCGAAUGUAA